GGUGAAAAGUUGAAAGAGAGAGCGAAGAGAUGAGAGGAGAGAAACGAAUUUGAUCCACAACAAAAUAGUGAGCCUGUCUCUUCUAAUCGCACAGUCCGUUUUCCACGGUCGCCCUGUUCUCGUUUCUCGGCGUGUGCGUUGUGCCUGUUUCAUGUUGAUUUGUGCCAGCUGGAGGUCCGAGGGUGAGCAGAAAUUAUGUCUGGCCAACACUACUGCCUGCGAUGGAACAAUUACCAGAGUAACAUGACUUCCGUUUUCCACCAGCUGUUGCAGAACGAGGCCUUCGUAGAUGUCACGUUAGCGUGUAACGACUUGUCGCUAAAAGCCCACAAGGUGGUUCUAUCGGCAUGCUCGUCCUACUUCCAGAAACUGCUCCUCGAGAACCCCUGCAAGCACCCCACCAUCAUCAUGCCGCAAGACGUCUGCUACGCCGACCUGAAAUUCAUCAUAGAAUUCGUCUACAAAGGAGAAAUCGACGUUUCCCAGACCGAACUGCAGUCACUCCUCCGCACGGCCGACCAACUGAAGAUCAAAGGCCUCUGUGAACCGCCCGACGAAAAGGAAAACUCGCCCAACGACCCGCAGUACAUCGCCAAAGCCUACUCCAAAGUCAGAAAACCGUCGUCACCUAAGCACUUCAAAACACAAGACAAUAACAAAAGACAGAGGAGAAAGGUGCACUUGGACAAUACUUCAGAUAACGACGAUAAUGAGAGCUUGAACGGGAACUCUUCGGAGGAGGAAAAUGAUAUGCCAGUGGGUUUAAAUGAGCCUAAAAGAAAGAGGGCCGAGCCUGCGGAACAAAUAAAACCACUCAACAUGAGCAGUCAUGGGAUUAUGACCGGGCAGCAGACGAUCUUCUCUCAGUUCGGAGUAGACACAGAUGACUUCCCCCCGGAGCCUCCAGCGCCUUCCGCGAUUCCGGUGGGGCACGUGGAGAUGCAGGACCACUCGCCGACGCGGACGCUCCUCACCAACACGAUCCACCGGACGGACCUGUCAGACUCCAACGUCAAGUUCAUCGAUAUCAAAAAGGAGGCCGACAUCAAGUUCGAGACGUUGCGCUCGUACGACCAGGACUCGCUGCUGGAGAUGGAGUCGCACAUGUCGGGGCCGGACCACUCCAUGGACAGCCACGAGGACGACCAGAGCAUGCACCAGAUGAUGGUCACGCCGGAACUGAUGAGCAUGAUGCCGAGCGUUUCAAAUAGAUUAGAUGUAAGUAGCAACGAAGUACCUGCACUAAAAAACAACGGGCAUUCGGAGAGCAUACACCACCCGACGCGUUCACACGGGGGUGGUCCGAAAACCUGGACUCAGGAAGACAUGGAUAUGGCCUUAGAUGCUUUAAGAAAUCAUAAUAUGAGCCUAACAAAAGCUUCAGCAACUUACGGUAUUCCCUCCACCACGCUGUGGCAGCGUGCGCAUAGACUAGGUAUAGACACUCCAAAGAAAGAAGGCCCUACGAAGUCCUGGACCGAAGAGAACCUCAACAGUGCCCUCGAGGCCCUGCGAACCGGGACAAUAUCGGCGAACAAAGCCAGCAAAGCGUACGGUAUCCCCAGCAGCACCUUGUACAAAAUAGCCCGACGCGAAGGCAUCCGGCUGGCGGCGCCCUUCAACGCCGCCCCCACGACGUGGACGCCCGAGGACCUCGAGAAGGCGCUGGAGUCCAUCCGCUCGGGGCAGACGUCCGUGCAGAAGGCCUCCACCGAGUUCGGCAUCCCCACGGGGACGCUGUACGGCAGGUGCAAGCGGGAGGGCAUCGAGCUGUCGAGGUCCAACCCGACGCCGUGGUCGGAGGACGCGAUGGGGGAGGCGCUGGAGGCCGUGAGGCUGGGCCACAUGUCGAUAAAUCAAGCUGCCAUACACUACAACCUGCCUUAUUCCUCCCUGUACGGCAGAUUUAAGAGAGGCAUCAAGUACGAGUCGGACAACAUCGAGCCCAACUCGGACAGUCAGUCCCAGAUGGAGAGUCAACACUUCGGCAUGGAGUACGCAAACACCCAUCAACAAGUCCAAUAUCAGAAUCAGACGAAUAGCUGAGACAUAGUUUUCAACUUUGAUAGUUUCUAGCCGAGAGUAAAUUCCAGUUUUGGAACUUGAUGAAAGGACCCGGUGGACAAAGUGCGUCGUUGAUUUUUCUUGAAAAAGACUUGAGUUUUACGAUUUAGGCUGUUGUAUCUUCUUUCUCGACUUGAUUUAUUAAGAAUAGGAUAAGGCCUUUCGUGAGGGCGAUAUUACAAAGUGCAAUAUUAAACCAUUUAAUACCAUUAGGAAUAGUGUACAGAUUAUCUUGUAUAUUCUUCUAGGUAAUUUAUUUGACAUGGUUGCUAGCGAUGGGUUGUAUAUAAUUUUCGUGAAGAGCAAGUUGAUUUACCUCAGCUACACCACUUUUGCUAUGUACUUAGAUCUUAAUUUAUUACUUUUUCUAGAGUUCGACCAGUGAUCGAUUUAAUUUUUUGUUUUUAAUAAAAACCUCAAACUUG